CCCAGUCACUUACUCUACUUCAUGUCUGCAAUCUCACUGACAAACAUCAGAACCGCUGUUUCUGCUGAUUUUAUCAGAUGAAGCUUGUGAUCACAAAUUUUCACUCGCCAUCGAAUUAGUAUCAUCUAUCUUAUCGUCAAUCUUUAGUCCAGGGUUUACGAAAAUGCCAUCGUGAGAAGUAUCACGACUCCAUCACCAUCUACCACGCCCUACAUUCCACCACUGGGAGUUAGAAUGUUCUCACCACGUACAUUACCGCGGGCUUCUUUCCGUACCGGAUUUUCACUGCAGUGUUUAACUCACAAAACCCGUCUCUUCUCGGCUCUCGCCGCUUCGCCGUCCUCAAAAACCCAGGUCUAUAUCUCAACCUCGCGCUCCCCUUACACGAACCUCUCCAUUGAGCACCACCUCCUGCAGACGACGCCCUCCAACUCGACCGUUCUGUUCCUCUACACUAACCGCCCCAGCAUCGUCAUUGGCCGCAACCAGAACCCGUGGCUCGAGGUCAACCUCCCCUUACUCCAGUCUCUUGGCCCCGACAGCAACGGCAAGGAUGUCGUCGACCUCGUUCGCCGCCGCAGCGGCGGCGGCACCGUGUUCCACGACGAGGGAAACGUGAACUACUCCGUCAUCUGCCCGCCCGCAAACUUUGACCGCGACACGCACGCCGAGAUGGUCGUCCGCGCCCUGCGGUCCCUGGGCGUCGACGGCGUGGCCGUGAACUGCCGGCACGACAUCGUCAUGAUCCUUCCGCCUCCCUCUGCCCCUGGAGCACUCUCGGAGAAGAAGCCCGCAGACGACGCCGCGCCCUUGACCUCUCCGGCGGCGUCGUGCACCAAGCCCAAGGUGAACGCGGAGAACACCUUCAAGAUCUCCGGCUCGGCGUACAAGCUCACGCGCCUGCGCUCGCUCCACCACGGGACCUGUCUGCUGUCGUCCCCGAACCUGGCGCGCAUCGGCAGCUUCCUGCGGUCUCCAGCCGAGCCCUUCAUCAAGGGCCGCGGCGUCGAGAGUGUGCGUUCCCGGAUCCGCAACGUCGGCGUGGCUGACACCAAGACGUUCGAGGACGCCGUCGUGAAGGAGUUUGGAAGGAUGUACGGCGACUUCGAUGUGCGGGCCGAGCUCGGGGACGAGGAUGCUCAAGGAGAAGAGAAGAUUCGGAAGGGAAUGACGGAGCUGGAGUCUCACGACUGGACAUUUGGCCAAACCCCUCUCUUCACUUUCUCGACCCACCCUUCAGAAGACGACGCACGAGAACGCCCAAAGCUUCCGGGUCAUUUCAACCUCGCAUUCGAAUCCCGCCAUGGUCUCGUACAAAAGUUCUCCCUGUUCGGCCUGCCAUCCGGCGAGGAUGCGAGCAGUCUCUCGGAGUCUAUGGUAAAUGCUCGAAUCUGGGAGAUUAGCGACUGGGCGCAGCGUCUUCGCGCAGGCGGGCUGAACGGAAAGGAUGCUUCGUCCAUUGGGAAAUGGCUGAACUCGCUUUUGGGAACGAAGGAAUCGAGAGAUUAGGUGCCAGCUAAAAUGUAGAUUACGACAAAAAGUCAAUGCUGUAGACCAUGUACGAUAUGUUCAUAGAUGGACGGGGCUGGCUGCAUGAUAUGGCCUCGUGGGCAACCAUUCCGCCCAUUGAGCAACGCAAUUGAAAAGCAGAGAACUAGUUCUUUGCCUGUAAUACUUGCUUUGCGAAUAACUGUUCCAU